AGGAGUGGGCACCUGACCAAAAGAGCCAAUGGGAGGGCUAGAACUUUUUAAAAUUGGGAAAAAGUUCCCUUUGUCUGUGUGUUGUGGUUCUCCAGGAAAGAGGGGAACAGGGAGCAGUUAUGCUUUGAGAAGCUGAAAGCCAGCUAUGAGAAAUCAUCAGAUCAUACCUAAAGAUUGCUUAUCUGAAACCCCAAAUAUAAUGUCAAACUUUGAGCAAGCUGAAUCAGACUUUUACCAGUCUAACUAUGCCACUGAUAUUCAAGAUCAAGGUUAUAGCAAUUCAGGGGCCCAUGAAAAUCUUUAUGGAAGCCAAAAGUGUCAGGCACAGGAUUCACCUCAACCUGGUGCUUUUGUCCCUCUAGAAAUGCUUUCGUCUUCUCAAAGUUAGAUAGGCCAGAUUUUACACCCAACAUACAAUCGAGAGUUUUUAUCUCACUCUAGUUAUGCUGACAGUUUUGAUGAAGAACCUCCUUUGCUAGAAGAAUUUGGGAUUAAUUUUGAUCACAUAUGGCAGAAAACAUUAACAGUUCUAAACCCAAUAAAACCAGUGGAUGGCAGCAUUAUGAAUUAGACAGACCUGACUGGGACCAUGGUUUUCUGUUUGGCCCUUGGAGCUACACUGCUACUGGCAGGAAAAGUUCACUUUGGCUAUGUAUAUGGCAUCAGUGCUGUUGGGUGCCUAGGAAUACAUGCUUUACUGAACCUGAUGAACAUAGCAGGCGUCUCGUAUGGCUGUGUUGCCAGUGUACUGUGCUACUGCCUGCUACCCGUGGUGGUCCUGUCCAGCUGUGCAGUCGUCUUCUCACUACAGGGGAUACUUGGAACUUCGUUAGCUGUGGUUAUUAUUGGUUGGUGCAGUCUGUCAGCUUCCAAAAUUUUUAUCUCUGCAUUAGCCAUGGAAAGCUAGCAGCUUCUCAUGGGUUAUCCCUGUGCUCUACUUUAUGGACUCUUUGCACUUCUGACUGUUUUCUGAAACGUACUUUAUGGCAGCCUGAUUAUAUUCUAUUUGUGUAGGUGGUUUUUACCUUUAGUCCUCCUAGAUUCACAUUAAACUCCAUUA